AUGGUUGUUAAGACCGCACCAGUUCAGCAAAUCAAAUCAUGCCUCGGUUCUGUCAAAGGACAAAUAGUAUUUCCGGAGAAUCCAAAUUAUGCUCAAGACAUUAAGGAUGAAAAUACUCGUGUAAUGUUUCAUCCUACAGUGAUUGUGUUCGCAAGUAACGUAAAAGACGUGCAAGCUGCGGUCAAAUGUGCAAAGUCUCUAAAUCUAUCUAUUACUGCUAGAUCAGGAGGUCAUUCUUAUGAAAAGUAUAGUACUUUCGGUAAAAUAGUUGUUGAUGUCUCAAAUUUAAAUAAAAUUAUUAUUAAUGGUGAGGACAAGACUGCUAUCAUAGGUUCAGGUAAUAGGUUAGGUCCUGUUUAUUAUAAUUUAAGCCAAGCUGGAUUUUUUAUUCCCGCCGGUUCUUGCCCAAGUGUCGGUAUAAGCGGGCACGCGUUAGGUGGUGGUUUUGGGUUAUAUGCGAGAAAAUUUGGUACCGCUUCAGAUAAUAUUCUUUCUAUUGAUCUGGUUAAUGCUGAUGGGUCAUUGAUUACGGCUAACGCAAAUCAAAAUGAAGAUUUAUUCUAUGCCCUUCGAGGUGCUGGUAGUAAUAGCUAUGGAAUAGUAACGUCAUUUACUUUUAAAAUUCAUCCUACUCCACCUAAAGUUACUUCCAUUACGUUCGUCUACGACAUCUCUAAAAUUCAAACCCUUUUCGCUGCAUUCAAUAAACUUGGUCCCAUACUAACCGAUGACGUAACGUUAUCCUUAGUUUUAGCUGAAUCUUUGCAAAUUAAUGGUGUUUAUCAAGGAACAAAAAAGAACGCUCAAAAAGCUUUGAAAAAUUUUAUUUCGUCAUCGAAACCAUCUUCAACUGAAUUCAUUGAACAAUCACUUUUCGACAGUGUUGUAAAAUGGGGUUUUGCAUCAGCUAAAGAUACCAUACAUCCAUUUCAUAGUCCCAGUAGCUUUAAAGGCAAGUCAUUCCUUGUAAACCCAGCUGGACUUUCACGUGAUGGAGUUCAAUCAAUUAAAGAUUUUAUAUUAAAUUCACCUAAAAAUUGUCCAACCUUUGCAAUAUUUGAUCUGUUUGGAGGUGCUGUGAAUAGAGUUGCUGAAGAUGCCACCGCAUUUGUACAUAGAAACAUAUCCUAUGGAAUUCAAUUAUUUAGGACAUUAAAUGGAAAUUCUGCUACAAAUAAGAAAUGUCUUGAUGAUCUUAAGACUUUUGGUAUCAAAUAUCAAAAAUUAUUUACUAGUUAUAGCUGUUAUCAGAAUUAUAUUGAUAAAGAUUUGCAUGAUUGGCAAACUAGGUAUUAUGGUUCAAGUUUUCCAAAGUUAGUCGCUGUGAAAAGAAAGUUUGAUCCAGAUAAUUUAUUUAAUUUUCCUCAAA